AAUCCUCUGCGCUCUGCCGGACUUUUGAGUAUUUCUGGACCCACAAUCUGACCCGUGUCGUUGCUGAAGCGCCCCAUCUUGAAGCCAACCUUGAAUCCGUGCGUACAAUGCCGUACAUACUGCGCCCUCGGCCUGUUCAAUUGCAGCAACCUCGCCCGACUCUCCAGAACCUACAUCGUAAUCGACAUCAUGUCUGGGCCUGAGACCAGCCUCUCGUCGUCGGCUUCGGCAGAGCCGCCCGCGAACAGCGUUACGACUACCUGUCCGCCUCCUCCGCCGCCUCUCCCGCCGCUUUUGGCUAGCGCUCGAGCAGCCCCCCCCGUCGACGACAACUCCCGGCCUUCACCGUUCCUCGAAAAGCUCGACUCCAUGCCUGCAAACUAUGUUUUUGAGUUGCCAGAGGAGCCCCCUUACAUCUACACACCAUCGUAUUACUUCUUCUACGGCACUCUCAUGAACCCCGACAUACUGAAGGGCGCUGAAAUCUACGGCUACUCGCUUUCGAACUGGGGCCAGUACAAGGCACUGGUGGAUGGCGAACCUAGUGCCGUCGUUACUGGCUGUGCGUACAUGGUACAGUCGGUCGAGGAAGAGUUCAAGCUCGCCUACUACGAAACCAACGCAUAUGAGCUGGCACUCUGCGAGAUAUACUUCACCGAUGCUCCUAGCGGGAAGGAGAAUGAGGAGCCGGUCGUGGGGAGAACUUUCAAGUACGCCGGCGACGCCGAAGCGCUGAAGGAUGGAAGGUUUGAUAGGACGCUAUGGGAACUGCAGAUGGGGAGACGGCUGCCGCCGGCCUGGCGGACAAAAACAGAUGAAGCGUGA